UAUUCUGAUAAUGCGGUAAAAUGUUGUGGUCAUUGAGCCGAUGAGUUCUUCCUUCUUUAGUGAUAUAUUUAUGUCUGGCGGACAGGUUCUCAGCGAAUAUUCAGUUCUCUAUAUAUAGUUGUAAAGUUGUUUGUGAGAAUCAAAGCUUCGUUCAGGUAAAUUCCUAGUUUAUACAACGUAUAGGUGCAUUUUUCCCGUGCCCAAACUCCUCAAGAGUGUUACACUAUACUUUGAUCCAGACGAAAGCACAAUAAAGUCCAAUAUCUUGAUAUCUCUCUUUUGUUUGCUUCAACAGAACCUUUCCAAUCAGCCACCUGAGUAGUGAACGAUUUUUCGCUUUUUCAGCGAAUAGUCAGAACUUUCACUAUAUAGUUGUACAGUUUUAUAGUUGUUAGAGUCAAAGCUUUAUUCAAGUAACUUGAAGUCAUUUCUAGCGUGUAUACAUUGUAUAUGCUACACAGGCUACUUUGAUAAAUGGCUAUAAUAGAGCAGAUAUCGUAUGAAUGCACAAAAACUGCAGCAUUUUCAUCAUGGCUGAAAUGUAUUCUUGCGCCUACUACAACAGAGCCUUCAACUACAACUGAAGCGUCUACUACAACAGAGCCUUCAACUACAACUGAAGCGUCUACUACAACACAGCCUUCAACUACCACUGAAGCGUCUACUAUAACACAGCCUUCAACCACAACUAAAAUACUACCAGAGAUGUCACAUUAUCACAUGGAUCCGGAGAUGGGAAAUAUUCACGCCAUCAAAAUCCCGCAUGAAGAAGAUAUAGGAAGCUUUCGUUCUUAUUCCAAAACUAGACAAGCGAAAACGGCUUUUAAUCAUGGGGUAAAGUUUUACAGGAAUAGAGACUUUCCCGCGGCAAUUAAACACUUCGAAGACUAUAGAGACAUUGCUACAAAAACCAGUAACGAAGAACAGAAACAGCUAGCUUGUACAAACCUAGGCUGCUCCUAUUAUGGAUUAGGCAAGUAUGAGAAGGCGAUCGAAUACCACAAAAUAAGCUUGAAAAUUGCCAAACAAAGAGCUGACAAAUUUGGAGAAAGAUGUGCUUACACAAAUCUGGGUGUGGCUCAUGAGCAGUUAGCCAGACUCAAAGAGGCACUUGAGUACCACGAAGAAAGUCUUCGAAUCGUAAAAGAUAUUGGCGACAAAAAAGGAGAAGGAAUGUGCUAUUGUGACAUAUCCAAUGUGCUUUUUAAAAUGGGAAAUCUACAAAAGGCGUUUGAAUAUGCCCAAGAUGCUUUAGACAUCGCUGUAGAGAUAGGUGAUAUACGUGGAGAAGGGAGGGCCCUUGGAAGCCUUGGAAAUGCCAGCAAUAUGCUUGGAAAACCAGAAGAUGCUGAAAAAAAAUUGUUGCGGCAAUUGCACAUCGCAUGGGAGCUAAGCGAUUCAUAUAGUGAAAUAGCGGCUUACAGAGAUUUAGCCGGUUCUCAUUUUACACGGGGUAAACCACGCUUCGAAAGGACCAACCACAAGCUUUUGGAGAUUUCUAAAAACAAACAUAUAAAAGCCGAAGCUACUUCCAACCUAGGAAGUAAUUGUCUAUCAUAUGGGCAGUUCAACAAAGCUAUUGAGCAUCAACAGAGGGCCUUAGCUGCUGCUAAAGAGCUUGGAGACAGACGCUUAGAAGGAACUGUGAAGAGAAACUUUGGCAUGUGUUAUCAACACGUAGGAAAACAUACUGCAGCUAAAUCAUACUUUACCGAAUUUUUACAAAUCGCCAAGGAAAUUGAAGAUAAAAUAGCAGAAGCAGACGCCCACCAGAGGUUAGGAGAUAUUUGUUAUAUUCAAGGGAAAGAAGAUGAAGCGAUCAAACACUACGAAUCAAGUUUAAAAAUUGCGGAAUCGACAGGCUGCAAACAACAAGAAGCAAGAGCGUUUGGAGGCUUGGGAAAAUGCUACGAAAGAAAAGAAAAAUACGAAGACGCUAUGAAGAAUCAUGAAAAAGAUCUAGAAAUUUCUUUAGAGAUCAAAGAUAAAGUCGGAGAAAGCAGAGCUCGUCAGAAUAAAGGUGAUGUAUUCCUUUUCGGGAAGAAAUACGAUAAAGCACAAAAACAGUUUCAAAGAAGUUUACAAAUCGCAAAAGAACUAGAUGACAAGCAAGGAGAAGCCGUUACCUGUUUAACCUUAGGUAUUUGUUGCCAUCACUUGAGCAUGCAGUUUAAAGAAGCGGUCGAUGAAGCAAACGCUCUUGCUGCUAUGAAACAAUCAGAGGAUUAUUUCCUGGAGAGCAUCAAAUGCAAUGAGUGGUUGUUUCACAAUUUAGGAGAAGAAUUUGAAGAUGCAUUCAAAGUCUCUAUUGUGGACACAUAUAUCCAUACUUACCAAUUGCUCAUCGGAAAAUACAUCGCAACAGACGAAACAGGCCCGGAGGAAACGCUUCUUGUAUCUGAGAAGACCCGCGGACGAGCACUGGAAGACUUACUAAAACAAAAGUACGGACUGCAAAGGAAUCCUUCUAAAGAUUUUCUUUUUCCCUCCGACAUCAAGGGUGAAGUUUUGCUACCUCAAUCCUCAUGCCUUCUGUUUUAUUCCAAGUUUUUGAUUCCUCGCAGCAAACCGGGUGAUAUUAUAUCAGGAAUCGGAACAUGGGUUCUGGAUUCGGAGAGGAAAACCCACUUCGAUGGGAAGAAAAUAACAGAAUUGAGUCUUGCGGAUGAUAAAGACAGCACAUUAGACACUCUCGUUGACAAAGCGUACAAGACCAUGUCUGUUAGAGGAGCGACAGAAUGCGAAGAUAGAUCGAUGGGCAGAAACGCAUACGAUUUCAAAGAAGAAGAAAUAGAAGAAGAUUACCUUGAGGUUCUUUAUGAUGCUCUGAUAACUCCCGUCGAGGAUAAGCUGACAGGAGAUGAAAUCAUCAUCAUUCCAGAUGGACCGCUGUUCAAAGUUCCAUUUUCAGCCUUACGUAAUCCACGAACGAACAAUUACUUGUCAGAAAACAAGCCCAUUCGACUUGCUCCGUCCCUCACGACAUUGAAAAUUCUGAGAGAACCCAAUUCAAUUAAAUCUCGAGGACAAGUGAAAGGUGCUCUCAUCAUUGGAGAUCCCGACGUCACUGGCGAAAGAAUGUAUAAAGGCGAAAAAAGAAAUUUCGCCUCAUUGCCAAAUGCCAGGAAAGAAGCGAAAAGUAUUGCUAAAGUUCUUGGAGUGACUCCAUUGACAGGCCCUCAAGCAACCAAACAGACUAUCAAGACGCGACUUCGGACUAGAGAUGUCGCAGUGGUUCACUUUGCUGCACAUGGCGAUGCAGAAAGAGGGGAGAUAGUUCUCAGCCCAGACAUUGAUCAGCUCGAAGCUGGAAGAGUCCCAGACGAAAACGACUACUUACUGACUAUCAACGAAGUGCAGGAGAUUGGUCUACGCGCUAAACUAGUCGUAUUGAGUUGCUGUCACAGUGGGCGUGGUGAAAUCAAGUCAGAGGGUGUAGUUGGAAUGAGUCGAGCUUUCUUUGCAGCGGGUGCGCUUGCUGUAGUCGCAUCCCUAUGGGCCGUGGAUGACCUUGGCACUAGAGUCUUCAUGGAAAAGUUCUAUGGUCACUUGAAGCGCGGAGAGAAAGCAAGCGUAAGCCUUCAGCAAGCAAUGAAGGAAAUGCGUGACAUAGAGCGUUACAGUAGGCCUAUGUACUGGGCUCCAUUCUUCUUAAUCGGUGAGGACGUUACAAUUGAUGUAUGAACCAACACUAGAGUGCACGAAAAUUCAUUACUAUUUAGUCAAUACUGUAGUUGAAUCGAUGGCAAAUAGUCGCCUAAGAACACAGUUUUAAGUUUCCAAGAAUAAGUAAUUAAAAAAUUACUUUUUAGUAAACAAAGUCAACAGCCAGCACGUAAAUUACAUCGGGAGUACAUUCACAUACUGUUAUGUAUUAUGAAUUAAUUAUUAUUAAGUCAAAUUGUGAAAUAGUUAGAUAAUUUAAUUUGAAUUAAUCAACUACUUAGUAACUUCAUUUGAAAUUACAAAAGCGUGCCAAAACUAAGUAACUGUCAUGCAAUUCAGGGUGGGCAAGAACCAAUCGUCUUACAAUAGUUAUAGAUACUGACAUGUUUGUGUCUGCACUUGAACAAACUUUUACCCAAAUAUAAAAUGUAAAUAGUUUCCAAAACCCCCGUGAAUUUUAGACUGCAAUUUUCCAACUUAUUUGAAAACUGAGCAACUUAUUUCUAAAAGUGAAAAAACAUAUUUCUAAACUGAACAACUUAUUGAAAAAGCUGUAAGACAGCGAUCUAAUUGACAUAAUGUCAACUAUUUCACAAUUUGACUUAAUAUAACUCAAAAUAAUAUAUAAGUACCAGUGGCAGUUCACGAGUAACACUACUUACUAUCAGACUGACAGGGGGUUUCUAUAGUCCAGCUUAGGACGAUUUGGUUUGUUCGCAAGCAGUUUCCCACUAAGUUUCCUGAGUGUUUUGACGAUAUCUUUAAAUAGAUGUUUUCUUUUAAGGCAUCUCGUGAAUGCUUGGUAAAACACCCACUUGAUCUCCCCUUCCUUUAUUAGGGAUCCUCUCUCUUUGCUGUUCAGUUUUCGAAACUUUCGUUUUGUAAAGGAACAUAUUAGCCGUGAUAAUUUGAGAACUACGAUGUCUGAAAGGGUAAAAAUAUGUCAAUAACAGUAAAUAGACCUAAUCGGCUGACGCGUUGCUAUGUACGUUACCACCCAAUUCAAAUCCUGUGGGAAAAUGAACUUUUGCUGUUGAAUUCAACUGUGAAAUGAAAAUACAACGAACAAUGAAACGUA